CUUGUUUCAAUAACCCUCUUCGCCAAAACCAAAACCUAAUCCGACAAAAUCAAGAUUUUAUUUUAGGAACAUCAAAAACUAUCAAACAAUCAAAAAAUAUUUUAAUUGUUUUCCUUUAGGUAUAGGUAGGUACUAUUUUUAUGCGGUUAACACAAUAACAUUUGGGUAACAACGAUAGUGUAAGUACCUGAUUACCCAAUGUCACCAUUAAAUGAUAUUGAUGGAGAUACGCAAUAAACUGGUCCUUAAGUACCUAGUCUAAAACUGGAUACUGGUAGAUAAACCGGUAGGUAUAUUAACGAAACGAACCAAUUCAGGUUGUGUUUAAAAAUUAAACUGACCAGACGUGGUGAUAAUGAAGGUCGUCGUCAUCCUUUGUGCACUUUUCUCCUUCGCACUUAGCUUUAAAUUUAACAUCCCAGCGCAGACGCGGCUCAAAUAUGAAGCUGCUAUUCUACCGCACAAGGCGAAAUGUAUUCUCGAAAGCAAAGUCGUCGCCGAUUUGGGAAUGAACGCCUUAUUAAACAUGGAGUUUCCAGAGGACGAUAAUUUUAAAUGCUUCCUGAAAUGUGUGGGAACGUCUGUGGGAAUUUUUAAAGAUCAAGAAAAAAAGUUUGAUCAGCAAAAGUCUAUGGAAAUUCUUGGGAUACCAAGCACCAUAUAUGAUAAAUGUUUUGGAGAGAUUUUGGACCAAAACUUGUGUGACGUCGCAUUCAAUACAGCGAAAUGUGUUCUUCGCAACAUUGAAUCAGUAGGUAUCGAUAUUGGCCUCGGUAUUGGCUUAAAACUAAAAUAAAAUAUGUGUCGCUGCAUGUAACUCUUCCAUUAUAUAUUCUUCUUGUUAAUUGGGUAAAAAAAUAAAUUAAAAGGAAAAAAACCGC